AUGCUCGCUGCUGUCUGAGUUCUCGGUUUGGCGCUGUGCGUCACGGGCUCGCUCUGGUGAUGGUCAGCGUGCGGCUGCCACGUGGAGGUGACCGCGUUCAUCGACUCCAACAUCGUGGUGGCGCAGACCAUGUGGGACGGCCUGUGGAUGUCCUGCGUGGUGCAGAGCACAGGCCAGAUGCAGUGCAAGGUCCACACUUCGGUUCUGGCGCUGUCGGGGGACCUGCAGACGGCGCGCGCCCUCACGGUCAUCUCCGCCGUGUCCGGGUGGUCGCGCUCAACGGUGAGGUGCCCGGGGCGCAGUGCACCAAACUGCAUCAAGGAUGAGGCGGUGAAGGCGAGGGUGGUGAACGCCGGGGGGGUUAUCUACAUCGUCAGCGGCUCUUCGUGCUGGUGCCCGCUCUGCUGGAUGGCCAACAACAUCAUAGUAUUCCACGACCCGCAGGUGCCGUGCCCCAAGGACGCGGGAGACUCGGGCGGCGAUCUUACAUCGCUGGGCCGCCAACCCGCGCUGCUGCUGCUGGGGGGGACCCUGCUGUGCUGCUCCUUGUCACAGGGGGUCCGGGGAAACUACCCCAUCAAAUACGUCCCCACCAAGAGCAUCACGGCCAACGGGGAGUUCGACAAGAAGCUUUAUGUGUAAACGGAGACUCUGAUGAGGGACUGAGGUCCGGAUGAUCCGGUGGAGAGGAUGCUGGGUGCCAAAGGAUGCUGCUGGAGCUCCGACUCACUGUGGACUGCGAGUGGGGUUUUCAUGUGGGCC